AUGAUCUUCGAGAUUGGCAAAGGCGGCGAUGGCAAGGGGAUGGAAGCUUAUCUUGAUCGUGCUGUAUUAGGUGAAGAUCAAUCUGCAACUUUGGAUUGUGGCGUGUUCUUGGAUCGACAGGAGUUCCGCAAGUCUGCCGAGUUCGCAUGGAACAAGGCGAAUGUGCGUAUCCAGGAAAUGGAUCAGCACGCAAGAUUCGUUGCAGAUCUUUGGAAAAGAUUCAUCGUCGAUGAAGAAAUAGAUUGUCGUGUCAAUUAUGGAUUUACAUCCAAACGACGAUUUGGGUCAUCUAUGAAAGUUCAGGAACUCAACUUUGAGAACAUCCCGACCAUCGAGGAGUGUCGAGAUCGACUCCAGGCUUGUGAGCAUCUCAAGCGUCGCAUCGUUUGCUUUCGUAUGGGGAAGGCUCGCUUCGUGCUUGACGACCAUGCAGUGAACUAUGAACACGGGGUUUUCCGUCUCAUUCCGCAAGAUGAGCUGGUCCCUUUCUUGACACAUCCUGCAACGGCUUCAUGUUUCUUUCGAGAUUGGUGCUUGCCCUUCUUUCAGGAAAACUCUUUCGAUGAAUGUUUGAAAAUGAUCCUGGAUCUUAGCCAUGUACAUGAGGACUUGGUCAACGACACCAAUUGGUUGGCUUCUCGCUUGUCCGGCUGGAAUGGCCCUCCUCCAGGCACAGACAUUGACCUCCAGACAGAGAACGACGAAUUGAUCACGAUCGUGCAUCGGAAAACGCCCAUGAAGACAUUCAUCAAGGAGUAUCUCAUUUCAAAGGUUGAAGAUAUUCCAGGAGCUGUGCAGUCUACCCGUGGUCGACGAACCAAGUUGCAGUUCUUUCUUUCUGCCUUGGACCACUCCACCAUCAAACUCUUUCGUCAACAUGAUCAGCAUGCUUUCGAGAAACUCUUGGUGGAUUGGGCUUCUUUGGCUGAGUCGUUGGCCGAGCUUCCACAUGAUUCGCAACCUCCUCCUGAAGAACCGAUUGAAGACGAUGUGGGCAUGCAGCGGAUGAAAUACCAGCAUCAAGUUCCUGAGCUGUCUCAGACCGAAGAACUUGGUGCAAGCAACCCAGAAAGCGAUGCAAACGUGGACGCCAAGAAGCCUGAAGCCAGCCGAAGCAGUGCUGACCAGGAGAUGAAAGACGAGGGCAACACAGGGGUGGUGGACACCGACGACUGGGUGUGGUUACACGAUGGUCAACGCUGGUGGGUCGGAUGCCCACCAAUGAUGACCCGUGACGAAGCGAUGUCGGCAUGGGAACCUACCAAUGGUGAGAUUGAGGUUGCAUCCCAUGACGAUGGUGCUGACAAGCCCAAGGUGAAUGACAAUGGCAAUGAGACUGGUGAGAAUGAAUCCCAUGACAAUGGUACUGACAAACCCAAGGUGGAUGACAAUGUCGCCAACCAGACCAACAAGAAUGGUGAGGCUGAACCCCGUGCCAAAGGUGCCGAGGAGAAGGACAAGACCAGCGCCGUCGACACCAAGGUUGAAGAAUCAGUUGUGGAGAAAGAGAAGGCCACUGAAGAAGUAGAUCCCAAGGAUGUGGAAAAGACCCCGACCAAGAGAUGUGGAUCCCCUGCGACUCCUGGAGCACCUGAAAAGAAGUCCAAAAAACCAAAGAAAGGGGACACAGAGGUGGAGCCUCACAACAUGGCUUUGGGCGACUUGGUUGCCUAUGUGCACAAGCUGAACGGUGAUUGGGCAGCCAUUCCAGCCACAACUCCUGCCUACGUUGUUGAGAUCAUCCAGUACAUCUCCUACUUGAGGGGCCAGUGGGGGGUUGAGGAGGUGUCGGAUGUAGAUUACUGGAUGCGCUUGAGGAAUGAAAAAGAAUGGACGGAAGAAAGUUGGGCUUGGUAUGAGUCCAUUUGCAAAGAGGUUGAUAAGGCUGGAGGGGAUGGUAAGGAAGAUGAUGAGGAAAACGUGAAAGGGGCUAGGUUACUUGUUGCUUCCAAGAAACCCGCAGAACCGUUGCCAAAGGCACCCAGCAAGAAACCUGCACCGAAGCCAAAGACCACGAAGGCAAAAGAGAAAGCCAAGGCAAAGGCAAAAGCGGCCCCAAAGAAUGAGCCGAGUGAGUACUCCAAGGCAAAACAGAAGUUCUUGGAAAGCCCAGAGAUCUCCGAUUUCAACCGCAAGAAGCAGGAGGAGCUGUGGAAGCAAAGUGAUGUCUUUAAGGAGCUCAUUGAGAACAUGGGCGAGGGUGAAGCCAAGAUCACUGAGAGCACUUUGCUAUGGAUAUGCAAAUUUGUUGCCUUGCUCCCGGAGUGGUGUUGGUAUGCUCGACGCUGGCUGCAAAUUUUUCCAGCUACGUUCCGUGGCAGUGGAUGCAGCCUAUCACAAGAGGAUGGAUGUGCUGACCAAUAUGGGGCUGAUGUCCCGUGGGUCAACCCACAGGAGCUAUUGGCGGGCGUCAGGCUGGUAUACCUGACCCGAAAGGGUGUUACAUUCGCCAUUGAAAAUCCAACAGCCAGCCUCCUCUUCCGAUACAAGCCUCUCCGGGUGCGAAUCGUUGGAAAUGCUCCUUGGUUGGGCAAGCUCCGAAAACAACUCACAUCACAGAGGCGGCUCCAGCUGAAACGCGUCAAGAAGUUUUUGGGCAUCAAGACCACGAAGGUUUACACAUGCACGUCCACAGGUUGGUCAGCUGAUGCGAGACCAUAUGCGAAAGCAUCCAUGUCCCAAGGAGCCUUUGGCCGAUGUGCUGGAAAGUCAAAAGGUCUUGGGAAAGCGAAAGACGUGGGAAAGAACCCUGAAGAAUCUCUUCGCUCCAUUGCGGCCAUGCAGGCCAACCAGUUCACCAAGGGCAAGGACAAGGGAAAACUUGUUAAGGGCGAGGAUCCUACUGUGUUGAAGGGCAAGGGCAUGGGCAAAGGACUGAGUGAGGAUCCUACCUUGUUCAAGGGCAAGAGCAAGGGCAAAUCAAAGGAGGCGAGUGAGGAUAUAGAUACCUUGUUCAAGGGCAAGGGCAAGGGCAAAUCAAAAGAGCCGAGUGAGGAUCGAACCUUGUUCACGGGCAAGGGCAAAUCAAAAGAGCCGAGUGAGGAUCCUACUUUGUCCAAGGGCAAGGCGAUGGGUAAGGGGACUGAGUCGGGUGGAUCGCUCGAAACCCUACCAAUGUUACCUACAACACCGAAAAUGCUUCCGUCACCUGUGGAUCACGGCAAAGGAUCUCCAGCCCCACACAACAAGGGCAAUGAGAAGGGAUCUGCACUUUUGGAUCAACCAGAAGGCAACAACAAAGGGAAGAAGGGUGAAACUUCGAAAGGAAAGAUCAUCGAGAAGGGCACCGUUAAGGGGGACGGCAAGAAGGGCUUUACCGCGAUCAAAGGAAAGACUGCAGUGAAGGGCAAGGACAAGGACAUGGGAAAGGGAGCAGAGAAGGGUGAAAGUACUCCAGCUACUCCACCUGUCACGCCAACAAGGAGGUUGGCCUUGCCAGGGCCAAGCAACUUGAACCGGGGUCUCUCCAGCGUCAGCAUUGAUCAGAUACUUACCUCGGGUCAAAACGGCAAACGCAUAAAGGCACUGACAGAGGAGCAGAAAGAGGCCAUAAGGUCUCUUCAGACACCGCAAGAUCUCCCGUACCCAGAGAGGAAGCGCCAGUUUGCUGCACUUGGUCGCCGGCUGGAGCGACCCUGUCCCCCAGGUGUGCUCCAGAAAUGGGAAGCAGCCAAAACGGAUGACGAAAAGUUUGAAUUCUUAAAGUGCUUUAUGCUUGACUGCACACUUUCGAACGUGACUGUCGAGGAUCCUACGAACCCCAAGAAGAUGCUGUACAGUGUCUACAUUGGGGGCCAGGACACCCAUGCUGAGUCAGAUGAAACUGGAAUGCAGCUCAGUGCCAAAGCAAGGAUUGCCCAAAACAAGGCAAUCAGGUCUGGAAUCGCUGCUGUUCUUACGCAAAAGGCCGCACCACAGUCAUUCUCUUCGCUUCCCUCUGGUGAUCUUGAGAUCAAGAAAGAGGCGAAGGUGAAGGUCAAGAAAGAGAAGAAAGAACCGACUCCGGAAGAAUUGAAGCAGAAGGAAUUUCAAACUGACUGUUCCAAGAUUUCGGCGCUGUCCAACAAGGCACGCACUGUGGCAAUGAAAAUCAAUUCCACGGGCAUCCAGCACCAAGAUGAAUUCUAUGACGUUCAAAGGACGCCAGUGCUUGACCUAGCCUCUCGCCUCAAUGCAUCGCAGAACGCUUGGGGAGCCACGAGUGCUGGAACCUUCCCAGACCGCGACCCUUGGGGAAACAUCUUUCAUGAGAAGUACUAUCCAGCCAGGGCUGCAUUGGCAGGCCGGCCUCUUUCUGGUGAAGGUUUCAUUGGAAUUUUGGAAGGAAUCCAAGCGGAUCAGGAUUGGUUGAGAUCGACUUUCGAGUUGAUCGUGACAGCGGCUGAGUUCAUUGGCUUGCAUGGCUGCACACCUCUCUGCACUGUGUGUGGGUUCGACCCAGAACGAGUUCCUGACCGGGCUUCCAAACGCAUGUUCCACACCUCUGUUCUGAGACCAAAAGGAGGGGCCAAGUUUUGCGAGAUCAGCCAGAAGAUCCUUUCAGCAACUGCUUGCCGUUACAUGAUCUUCUGGGUCAACGCAUUACUGCAGCAAGUCAACACAGCCGACCUGGCAGGACAGUGGCGGGCUGGGUGCAUUGGUGGGCUCGCGACAAUGGAGUCGGUCAUGCUCAACAACGGCCGCUGGUUGGAGCCCGAGGCUGAAAAGGAGUUCAAGUGUGGAUACCUCAUGUUUCGGGCCUGCUUCAACCACCUUGCAGACAGAGCACUUGCCCAACAGGAAGUCAAAUACCACCAUCGACCCAAGUUGCACCAACUUGGUCAUCUUGUGUACCACUUCUUGCCACGGAACCCAAGAUACUUUGCCAAUUAUGCUGAUGAGGAUGCGGUGGAAACAGUGGACUUGGAGGCUUUGCAAGCCUACUUGGAAAGUGGCUCAGACAGAAGGACUUCGCAGCUUCGGGCCUAUGUUGAUCGUCAUGCUUCUGAAGGAGUUCGCGUGGGGCGCUUUUCUACUAUCUCUGUCGAGUACUACAAGGCCCCCAAUUAUGGUCGUUUACUUGCUCGUGGCCCUGCUGCACAAAAACUCACUCGAGAAGCUCGUGGAAAAGCCUUCCCCCAUGCCAUUGAGAUUGAUGCAGCUUGUUGCCAUCCUCGUCUUCUCUUGCGAAAACUUCGAGAUAUGGGAUUGGACGAGGCAGGUAGUUUCCAGAUGCUUCGUCUCUUCUGUGAGAACUACAAGUCAUGGCGGUCAGUUUUGGCUCAGUAUCUUUGCGUUGAUGUCCAGGAGGCAAAAAAGGAACUUAUCCGCAUCUUCUACGGUGGCAACCCGCGUUUCGAUAUUCCAUGGCUCCGCAAGCUUGGGGAAGAAGUUCAGGCAGCUGCUCAUCUGAUUCUACAAGAUCACAGACAUACUCAUCUUUCUGAUUUGUACAAUGAUCGCAGACAUCCUGAAUUCAGUCGGCUUUGUUCUUUGCUAUCAUUCGAUGAAGCUGACCUAUUGGACACCAUUCGGACCCAUGCGCAUGUGAAAAUGGAGGUUGCUCUCUUUGACGGAGGCAUUGUGUCGUGCACAUCUGUGCAAGAUCUCUUUUGGUUGCAUCGUGCUUGCGCAGAAACUUCCCACAACAUCAUCCCCGUCGAGAUCAAAAGUGAGCCGCAAAGUAUGAAGACUUUCUUGCAUAUGUUGGUGCGCAAGAACAUCGUGAACAUGAUGGAAGUCGAAAUUCCUUCCACUCCGGCAAACUGUUUGCUCUUUGCUGUUCAAGGUGUUGCACCUCAUGUUGAUCUCAGUAGUUUGCGCCAAGUUUUGCAAGACAAGCCAGAGUCCUCGCUUUCCGCUCAUCAAUUCAAUGGAGCUUUGGCAGAUGCAGACUCUGCAGCCGACACUGCUUGGCAAUUGCAUUGCAUCUCCAAGGAUGAGUUGCUCUCCGUUGUCCCAGCGCACCCGAUCCUUUGUCAUGAACGUUCUGGAGAAUGUCAAGGACACUGGUGGUCCUUUGUGAUGAUUGAGGAUGAGGCAUAUCACUUGCAAGGUCGUGGCCGUGCGGAUGGAUCCUCCACAGUGAAGUCCGUGCGAACACCCCUCAAGAAUUGUGCUCUGUGUGGAUCUUGUCUAUAUCCCAAGCGCAAACAGUUCUCUACGGCAACAGUUUAUAGACUCGAAGGUCCCGAGACUGUCCUGCACCAGCCUAUGCGAUGUGGACAGAAGUCAUGCCAAGCCUCCCACUACUACAACUUCGUGUGGAGCAACGGCAUCAAGACCAAUUCGCUCGAUCCCAACCAGGCCGAGUAUAUCUUCGUGACCGCCAACACCGGGUUCCACGUCUCCUUCCUUGCUUAUCACGAUGCCCUGCAAUUCAGAGGCUACUUGAGCAAUCACGCCAUCGCCUGGUCCCAAACGAACGCAUUAUGGGCAGAUGACCAUGCACAUGCUCGUUUUCACAAGGACUAUGCAUUGGCUCGUCUUCUCUGGAAUGUCAUGAGCGAACUGUCGGUCAUGUGGAAAUCCACUAUGCCAAGCACUUCCAUUCAGAAACUUCGCACAAUUCGCGUAGAUGAUCCUGUGCAUGAAGGGCAUCUUCGGGACUUCCACCGAUGGUGGCAAACCAUCGAAACUCCCCAUCGCAUGUCGCAGUCUGUCAAAGAGAUCGCUGUCGAUGGCCACGAGAAGAUCGCCACAAAGUGCUAUCAUGAAGCACCAGCUCGCGGUGGUCGUCCUCGGAAGGAUGGCCAUGUCAAAUUGUUCUACAACGGCUGGUUCAUGGCGACACACCCUGGGACCGGAGUCAUCCUAGGCCUUUUUGAGAUGAAAGAUCCAGAGAAUUCGGAUGUUGCGCUCAAUCUUGUGCAAAAUUUGCUACCGCAUUAUCCCAAAGUGGAUGCAGUACUCUACGAUCGAGCCUGUAGCAUCUUCAAGAAGGCUAAGAACACACAGGAUUUGAAGCCUGUCAAGUUCUGGUGUGUAGACAAAUUCCACGCAAAGGGACAUUGCAACAAAUGUAAAUGUUCCCCGUCUGUGGUGCCAGCAAUCGAUAAGCGACUGAAAAGAGUCAACACAUCGAUUUCUGAACAGGUGUUUUCGUGGUUCCGUGGGUACAGCUCCACAUUCAACUCCAUGAACGCGAAACACCAAAGAUUCUAUGUGUUGGCUUACUCGCGUCGACACAAUCAUUUGCAAAAAUUAGAUGACAUGCAGCACCUCAAUCCUUGGUCUGCCCGUAAGUCCACUUUGAAGCGAUCCGGCGUGCUGCAGAAGCCAGCCAGCCGCAAAUAUAAGUGUAGGGUCAAGAAGCAAGCCGUCUUGAAGAGACCCGCACAGAAAUGA